UACUGAGGGACAGUAUUUUCAGUUUCUUUAAUCUAGCAUUAUCUUUUAGAGUGCACAGACAUGGUAAAUGUCAGUGAAAUGUACUGCCUAACUAUACAGACUAACGCUUCAAAGAUUCUAGCAUCAGUCCUUAGUGUGGAAAUUGUGGUGGGACUUGCUGGAAAUGUGAUUGCUUUAUGGAUUUUUUUUCUUCUAAUGAAAUACUGGAAUCCAAGUACGGUGUACCUUUUGUGCCUGGUUGUUGCUGACCUUCUCCUACUGAUAAGUUUGCCAUUCCGUAUUGACAACUACUUCAGGGAUGAACACUGGAUUUUUGGAAAUCAUUUUUGCAAAGUGAAUUUAUUCAUGCUGGCUAUGAACAGGGCAGCAAGCAUAGCAUUUCUGACAGUUGUAGCUAUUGAUCGGUAUUUAAAAAUUGUACAUCCACAUCAUAGACUGAGCAUGGUGACACUGCAUACAUCUGUGAAAAUAGUCAUCACAAUAUGGCUUGUUUUAGUACUGAUGAAUUCUCAUGUAUUUUCAGUAUCACUUUCAUUUGAGUACCAGAACCAUUCUCUUUGCAGGAGUUACAUCCCUUACAAAGAUCCAGAUGCUACCAUGAUGUGGCAUUAUGGGAUUUUCUUUAUGGAGGUUAUUUUUUCCCUUUGUGUUAUCCUGUUCUGCGCUGUCAACAUAAUUUGGAAAUUGUACCGCAGAAAAAUGCGCACCAACCCCAAAGUGAGAAGAGCUGUAACAGCACUUGUUAUCAUUGUCCUUGUCUUUAUUAUAUGUUUUGUGCCUUGUUUUGUGGCAGGUGUGGUAGCACUUUUAAUAAAGCACAAAUAUCCAAAUCAAUGUAGCACUUUCAAUACAGCUGCUGAGUGGUUUCAUGGGUCCCUUGCUUUUACAUACUUGAACGCUGCACUAGAUCCAGUUGUAUACUGCUUUACAAACCCAACUUUCAAAAAAGCAUGUACAAAGGCUCUUUCAUCAUUUGGUCUUUCGUUUUCAGAAGCUGAAAUCCAAAACAAUGAACAGAACUUGAGACUCAGUCCUCAGAGGAAGAAAAGUAACACAGCAGUUUGACUGCAAUCAAGUGAACAGUUCUACAUAGCUAGCUAUCUCUCCAACAUAGAAACACCCAUGCACACAAACACACUCUCACUCUGACUCACUUGCUGAAACACACAAACACAUGCACAUAUUAAACCAUGCUAGCAACUGAGCUGAUAUAUGAUUCAGGAGAACGAUUUUAAAUGAUUUAACAGCUAGAAGUACUGAUAGCUAAAUCAGUUAAUCAAUUAACUGUUGUUCAUACAAUCCAUCUUGGGGUAACCAGAAAUAAAUCUAUUAUUAAUGAAGGAAUUUGUCAACUUUCUAAUGACAAAGCAUCUAAAGCUAUUUCUAAAUCUGAGAGUGGGUGUUGCCAUAUGUGGGGAUUUUAGAAAAGCAGAAACCUUGAUUCAGUGUCAGCACAUUGAAAUAGAAUAAUUCCUGUGGAUACAGCAACCCUGAAUUUGUGCACCAUAUUAACAUGCAGCAUUUCCUCUGCAUAAUCUAAUUUCUCUUGGAUGCCUUUAAUUCAGAGUGGAUAAAGGGAUGCCUUUAAUUCAGAGUGAAUAAAGAGUAUCAACAAAUUGCAACACCGAGUUUCCAAUGACAGCUAUAUUUUAUACACUGUAACCCACAAAUGUGGCAAUGUGAGGUCUGUGUAACAUCAAGAUGAAUAGUGAGCACACGUUUUGUAUUCAACUAUUGUUUAAUGUGAAAGAUCACAUCCUCUGGAUGUUUUAUAAACAGCAAUGUACACCAACCACAAUUACAGCAGAAACUACUUCAGAAGCAUUUACAUGGUUAGCAAUAAUUAUUAAAUAAAGUUAACUGCUUUAAAUAUCUUUCACUGAAAUGUUAAAAAGGAUAUACUUACCUUCUCUGACAGUAUAUCUUUCCCUAUUUAUUUUACAUAUACAUAAAGCAUUAGUUAAUAUUAAAGUGGCAUUUCUUGUUUCAUGUUUAUUUACUGGUUGCAUUUGGGCUUUCAAAGCAAUGUUUUACAAGAGUCAGUCUUGUUGCAAGUGGUUACAAUAAAAUCAUUUGAAGUGUGUUACUUUACUGGUCAUUAAUACUUUAUAUGUAAUGGUGAAAAAGAUUUAUAAAAAGGCAAAAAAAAAAAAAAAGAUGAUGUACUUAAACUAUAUAUAGAUAUGGCACUUUGUCUAGGACCAAAUGUGUGUGACCAUGUUUUCGAGAAUGUGUUUGUGUGUGUAUUACCACUAUUUGUGAUCAUGUCUGACUCUUGCUAACAACACUUUAUUCUUUUUUUGAAAAUGUCUUCAGUUCUCUGUGAUAUUAAGGAACAGUAGCUUUGAUAUUAUCUAGUCAAGUUAUUUUUGUCAAAAUACAGGCAGCUAUUUAUUUACUAGCAAGACAGACUAUGGCAUCAGUUCUUGAAAGCAUUUGCAUUUAUUCAUUCGUUUUCUUUUUGAAGCUAACUAUUUUCCAAUAUUGAAUCAAAAAGGGGAAGAGAAGAAGCAGAGGCAUUAGCAAAGUACUUGUUUGUGAAGGAAAGAGAAGAGUUAUAGUACAUCAUUUUAGUGUAAUAAGAACUGAGAGAUUAAAAUAUAUUAAAAUGCUUAAAACUGAUUAGGGACGAAAUGAUAAGGAGCAAUAGGUUGUGCAUAUUUUCUGUAAUAUGUGAUGCAUUUGUUUACUACUUACAGCUAAUAACACAAGUAUAUAACAGUUGACAACUAUUUUUAGAAUGUAAUUUAUAGAUGCAAUAUGAAAGUAGAAGUGCAAAUCAUAUCUGAACACACACACAGAC